AUGGUGGAAAAAAAGCAUAUGAUCCAUCGGGCCGCCACCGAUGGCAGCAUUUCACCGUUUGGAAUAGUCGGGAUAGUCGCUGGAACAAUAGUGUUCAUCGUUCUCGCCACCAUCGUAACGUAUAAAUGUUAUCGUCGCCGGAGAGUUCAGGAGGCCCAAAGCCGGCUGUCGUCUGCCAUCAAAAAGGGGCUAAAGGAAAGCACUAACGUCAAGAAAAAUGUCUCCGCACGUGGCACACCAAUGAAGCACAAAGCCACCAGUCCUAUAACUCCGCCAUCACAGCAUGACCUUGGAUCCACAGAACGUAUGCUGCCCCCGUCUCAUUCGAUGCAGUCCGAAAAAGAGACAUCUGGUCACGUGAAAUCUGAAGUGUACGUGGAAAAUGAGAAAGAGGGAAAAACACCAGAAAAGGAAGUGUGUAUGAGGGAAAAACAAAUUGAUGAAAAUAAAAUACAGAAAUUGGGCAAUCUCCAUUUCUCUGUGGAAUAUGAUUCGCUGAAGACCGCAUUGCUUGUGACGAUCCUGCGCGCUGUAGACCUACCCCAGAGGGACCCCAGUUUAGGAGGAUGUGAUCCUUAUGUCAAGCUGCAGUUGCUGCCUGAUAAAAGGCACAAAUGUAAGACAAGGGUGCUGAGGAAAACCCUUAGUCCAACGUAUGACGAGACCUUCACCUUCUAUGGCAUCAGUGAAAAUCAGAUACAAGGAAUUACCCUGCAUUUCGUCGUCCUUAGCUUUGACCGGUUCUCGCGAGACGAGAUUAUCGGCGAAGUUGUUUAUCCCCUAAAUGGAGUUGAUCCUACCCAGAAGGAAAUUCACCUGACCAAGGAGAUUCAUCCACGUCACCUCAAAUUUCAGAUGCAGGGCCGAGGGGAACUUCUGGUUUCCCUGUGUUAUCAGCCCGCUGCCAACCGUCUCACCGUGGUUGUGCUGAAAGCCAGAAACCUCCCAAAGAUGGAUAUCACGGGGCUGUCAGGUGAGAACUAUCCCUACGUGAAGAUAUACCUUCUCUACAAUGGCCAAAGAAUUGCUAAAAAGAAGACGCACGUGAAAAAGCGAACACUGAACCCCGUGUUCAACGAGUCCUUUCUGUUCGACGUUCCAUAUAAUGAAGGGCUACAGAAUAUCAGUCUGGAGUUUCUGGUGCUCGACUGGGACCGAGUCACUAAGAACGAAGUGAUUGGUCGCCUGGAAGUCGGUGCAAGAACCAGCAGCCAGCAGCUGCAUCACUGGAGCGAAGUCAUCAACUGCCCCCGGAAGCAGAUCGCGGAGUGGCACAAGCUGAAGGAAUGA